AUGAAGUCCGUGGUGCUGCCUAUAAACCACUCCAACGCCCACUGGACGAUCAUCAUUGUGGUGGUGGAUCGGCAUGGUGAGCUUCGACCGCACCUUUACGACCCCCAUUGCAUGGCACGCACAAUGGAGUUUGGAGACGAGGAAUCAUAA